AUGGCACCCUCCAUUGCUGAAGAGCAACCACAUAAGGCCGACGUCGUCGUGCCUGUCAAGACUCCUCCUGCCACCACCGAGAAGCCCAAGAUUCGCCGUAUCAUCGAUGAAGAAGGCGGAACUACCACGGCCAGCUAUCCCCACUACCUCCCGGUCUGGGAUCACAGCGAGAAAUACCCACCCUUGGAGCCCUUCACACACAGCGACCCCGGCCUGCGCGCAGACCCGUCCCUCCCUGACCUGCUGAAAUCGGGCACGAGGAUCCAAAAACUGACUCCUACAAUUGGCUCUGAAGUCACAGGCGUGCAACUGUCGUCCCUUUCGGCUGCCGGAAAGGACCAGCUUGCGCUGCUUGUGGCGCAACGCAAAGUCGUGGCCUUUCGAGACCAGGAUUUCGCCGACCUGCCUAUCGCGGAUGCUCUCAAGUUCGGCUCAUACUUUGGCCGCCAUCAUAUCCACCCGACUUCCGGUCAGCCUGAGGGGUACCCCGAGAUCCAUCUGGUGCACCGACACAGCAGCAAGGGCGAGCUGGACGCGUUCUUCGCGGACAGGAACAGUACGGUUGCAUGGCACUCGGAUGUCACGUACGAAGCGCAGCCGCCCGGCACAACCUUCCUCUAUAUCCUCGAUACCCCCGAGGUAGGCGGGGACACAGCGUUCGUCGACCAAGUCGAGGCGUAUCGGCGGCUCUCCCCAGCCAUCAAAGAGAGACUGCAUGGGCUCAAGGCCGUGCACAGCGGGUUCGAGCAGGCGGAGUUCAGCAGACAGCGUGGCGGUGUUGUUAGACGGGACCCUGUGAAGAAUGAGCAUCCGAUCGUGCGGACGCACCCAGUGACGGGGGAGAAGGCGCUGUUCGUUAAUGGGGGAUGUCUGAAAAAGGAUCCUGCUGACGGAUGUGCAGUCACUCGGAGCAUUGUCGGCCUGAAGAAGGAAGAGAGCGAUGCGUUGCUGGGCUUCCUGCUGAACCACGUUGGCCGGGGUAUCGACUAUCAGGCCCGGAUCAAGUGGGCGCCAAGGACGGUCGUUGUUUGGGAUAACCGCGUCACGGCACACUCUGCGAUUGUCGACUGGACGACGGGAGAGCGUCGUCAUUUGGCGCGUAUCACCCCCCAGGCUGAGAGGCCUUAUGAGACGCCAUAUGCUCCGGAAUAG